AUGGUGAAACCAAUUAUUGCUCCAAGUAUCCUAGCGUCUGAUUUUGCAAAUCUUGGCUGUGAAUGUCACAGAGUUAUUAAUGCCGGUGCGGACUGGUUACAUAUAGAUGUUAUGGACGGCCAUUUUGUGCCAAACAUUACAUUAGGUCAGCCAAUUGUCACCUCUCUGCGUCGUUCAGUACCAAGGGCUGGUGAUUCUAGCAACACUAAGCAUAAACCAACAGCAUUUUUUGAUUGUCAUAUGAUGGUUGAAGAACCUGAAAAAUGGGUGGACGACUUUGCCAAAGCUGGUGCAGAUCAAUUCACGUUCCAUUACGAGGCUAGUGAGGACCCUUUGUCGUUGGUCAAACUAAUCAAGGAGCAUAGGAUGAAGGCUGCGUGCGCGAUCAAGCCAGGAACGCCCGUGGAUGUAUUAUUUGAACUAGGUCCACAUCUAGAUAUGGCUCUUGUUAUGACAGUGGAACCAGGUUUUGGUGGACAAAAAUUUAUGGUCGAAAUGAUGCCAAAGGUUGCUAAACUAAGAGAAAUGUUCCCACAUUUAAAUAUCCAAGUCGACGGUGGGCUAGGUAAGGAGACAAUUCCUCAUGCUGCCAAAGCAGGAGCAAACGUUAUUGUUGCCGGAACAAGUGUGUUCGGUGCUAGUGAUCCUCAGGAUGUUAUCCAAUUCAUGAAAAGGGAGGUCGCUGAGAAUUUAGAAUCUAGAGGAUUAUUAGACUAA